CCUGGCCGCCCAUUCUGACCCCGACCGCCCCGCUCUGACCCGGACCACCCUGCACCCCGACCCCCACGCACAUGUCGCGGCACGUGUUCCUCACCGGGCCUCCAGGGGUUGGCAAGACAACAUUGAUCCAGAAAGCCAUCGAGGUCCUGCAGUCCUCCGGGCUGCCCGUGGAUGGAUUUUACACACAAGAAGUCAGGCAGGAAGGGAAGAGGAUAGGGUUCGACGUCGUCACCCUGUCUGGUGCCCAGGGGCCCCUGUCCCGAGUUGGGUCACAGCCUCUACCUGGAAAGCCCGAGUGUCGAGUGGGGCAGUAUGUGGUGAACCUGGAUUCUUUUGAGCAGUUAGCUCUGCCCGUCCUAAGAAACCAGCGAGAAGCAUCCGAUGACAUUCUGAGUGUAGAGUCCGGCUUUAGGCAUUGGAUCCGUAUACAGAAUUGAUUUUUGCUCAGGCGAACAGAGUCCUGGGAAGAGGCAAGAGCCCGUGCUCUUGUGUGCUCGCUGACCAGGUCAACAACUCGCCUCUUCUUUUUAAUGGAAAAAGGAAAUAGAAACUGCUCAUCGUUUUACAGUUUCUGUAAUGUUUUCUCAUGUUUCUGUAAUGAUUACAGCCAUCAACUCAGGCUGUCAAACUGGACUUGGGUGCAGUAAACAGGAUCUGUGCCUGAUACCCUGGGCUAUGUAGACACUGGUUCUUAUCUCCCAAGGAAGGGUCAUGCUCUGCCCUGAUAACCUCUACCCAGGGAUGGCUCUUUGGAGAGGGGUCUGGAAGUGAGACUGGAGGAGAAGGGUUGCUGGCUGCCCGGGGCUCCUGGGGACCAUGUAUUAUGGUACCCACUGCCUGUGUGGGAAACAGUUUGUCAGGCUGAACUUCUGCUGGUGCUGAGCAUUUCACACAUGCUCAGUAGGAAUGUCCUCUGGUUUGCAUUUAGGGAUAAUAGAAAUACAUACUUUUAAUAAUUUAUUAAGUGAGUGUUUUAGAAUCUAGCUCAUUGGUUCAGCCCCCUCUCUGUGUUUCAUGUUUUGAUGUAAAUAGAUCUUGCUUUUCUUUGUUUAAUUUUAUGUGUC